AUGUCUAAGCCAGCCGCAAAGACCUCUUCCCCGUUGGCCAAGCAGCAAAAGAAUGUCCGAGAAAACAAUAUGAAGGGACUGAUCGCAGCAAUCGAGAGGGACUACAACCUUUCGAAGAAUGCCGCCAAGAAGAAGAAUAUCGAAGCUUGCCUGAAGAAGGCCAAGGAGCCGGGAGCCUACCUGACUGGAUUUGAUGUCCUUUUCGCUGUUGACCAGCAGAAAGCGCACAUUGUCAAGGAUGAUGCAUACGAGAAGGUAUUCGAGAAGUUGACCAGUCAGAACAGGCAGCUGUUGUAUUCCAGGCGCGGCACAAUUGAGCAGAUGACGGCUGGCGGCUCACCACCAAAGUACACACCAAAGACCACUAAGCCCAAAGGUCCCGAUAGGGAGCAGAUGAUGCAAGCAGCCACAUACAUGAUGCUGCAGCCAAGGCUUGACGGGAUGGGGAUGACGACAAUGCACCAGAUUUACGCCACAAUUCGUCUUCCGGAAAGAUGGAUACAGGCGGGACUGGAACCCGCGAAGGUCGAGGCUGCAAAGAAAGGUGUAAACUUCACGGUUGCUUUCGACACCGGUUCUUCAUUGCAGACACUCCCGAAAAAGGUUUGGGAAGCCAUUGCCGGCGUGAACGGCGCAUCUUACGAAGGCCCAGUGGAUCCCGGUACCAUCACUGGAGUUACUGGCCAGGAAAACAGACCAUUCGUCAAAGUCGAGAUCGCCUACUUCCGCGACAGGGAAUGCAAGGAGCAAUUAGGGAAGUGGAGAGAGAUCAGAGCUUGCUACGCUUCGACCGACGACGCACACCCUCUUACUGGGAAAGAAAUUUACGACGACUUCGCCUUUAUUUUGCCGAAAAAUAACGGAGCCCUGAUUAUGGGCACUAAGAAGCCUGCUGUGAUUUGGGAAUAUCUUAGGAGGAGCAAGGAGAUCGAAGACUUUAGGCAGGUACAGCAGUGGGCUGCUGCCAUGGUUGACGCCGGAGCACCUGUAGGUUCAUGA